UAGUCAUUCCACAUCAGCUAUAGAUAUCAGAAUAUAAAUUGAGAUAUUUGGGAAAUAAGAUUUAACAUCAGGCAAACACCGAUAAUGACUCAUCGCCAAUCGGAUCGUUUUAAGGCCAUUGUUCGCAUAACCAAGAUUUGUGCGGAUAUUUGUGGCGCCAAUGUUUUGGAACAUGACUAUCGCAUCAAUGUCCGGACUGUACUAGUAUUUGUUAUAAUAAUAUUAACCUUCGUCUUCAUGUCCUAUACCAUAUAUGAUGGAUUCUUUGUGCAGGGUGAUUGGAAAAUUAUACUACAGGUUCUGAGUAUUGGUGCCGGCACCUUGGUACAGGGCUUUGUCAAACUUCUCAAUUGCAUUCAGCAGCAGGAAAAUUUUCGUUUUUUGAUCGGCGAGCUCUAUGACAUCUAUGAGGAAUACGAAUUGAAACAUACCGGAUAUCAGCGCCACCUAAACAAGGGAAUCCAUUUGCUUUCCUACAUCAUGAAGCUGUGUGCCUUCAUUGCUGUUUUGCUGGUCAUCGGUAUGGCCGCUGUGACAGUAGUGCGGUCCUUGGUGUUCGAUGUGAACCAAGUGAUUGUACAAUGUCUGAUACCGGGCGUGGAUCACACAACACCCAGGGGCUUUUUCCUAACAUGCAUUGUGCAAAUCUCAUUUAUAGCGGUUGGCGGUUUUGGCUUCUAUGCCGGUGAUAUGGCAUUUUUUACACCGAUAACACAAAUCGUAACAUUUCAAGGCAUACUUCGUUGCAAAAUGUUCGAUCUGAAUGAAGUUUUGGAGAAGGAUGGCGAGGAAAAUGUGAAGAAAUCCACCGAAAUGCUAAAAGAGGUGAUCAAGUUCCAUCAGCGUUAUAUGGUAUUUCUGACAGUCACCCAAGAUACCUAUUUCUUGGUUAUCCUGGUUCAAAUUGCAACCUAUUCAACUGGCAUUAUUUGUACGAUAUUUUGCGUUCUCUUGGGAGCUUGGCCUGGAGGUUAUGUUUAUAUGAUCUACUGUUUUGUAAUGAUGUAUGUCUAUUGUGGAGUUGGGACAUUGGUGGAGGUUACAACAAUUCCGGAAAAUUUAAAAAAAUUCCAUUGGAACGAACGCGAACAAGCCUUAGCGUUGGGUUCGUUUUUCUGGACACAUUGGAUAACACAAAUACCUGGCGGUAUACUAUCCAGGAGAUAUGGCACAAAACUUGUAUUCGGCUUGUCAAAUGUCAUCAGCUGCUGGAUAUGUUUUCUUAUACCCUAUGCUUGUUUUCUGGACUUCAAUGCCCUCUUGGUUGCAAGGAUGUUACAAGGUCUAUUAACUGGACUUUCGUGGCCAGCAAUGCACAAUAUGACGGCCAAGUGGAUACCGCCCAAUGAGCGCAGCAAAUUCAUUACCGCCUAUUUUGGGAGUGCUGUAGGUUUGGCCCUGGCAUAUCCUCUAUUUGCAUGUGUCAUUCACUGGGCCUCAUGGAUUUGGGUAUUUCACAUAACUGGCAUUGUGGGAACGAUUUGGUGGUUUGCCUGGUUAUAUUUUGUCUAUGACACGCCGGCGGAACAUCCUCGAAUCAGUAGAAAAGAAUUGCAACAUAUACAAUCGGCAUUGGGAAAUGCCAUACAAAGUGGUCAUAAUCUGAAAACUCCCUGGUUGGCGAUAUUUACAUCAAGACCCGUUUGGAUGAAUGUCAUCGGACAAUGGGCCGGGGCAUGGAGUAUAUUUACCGUAAUGACUCAAGCACCGACGUAUUUCAAAAUAAUACAUAAUUGGGAUAUACGAGCGACUGGAGUUUUCUCGGGAUUUCCUCAUAUUUUGCGAAUGUUUUUUGCCUAUUCCUUUUCCUUGUUUGCCGAUUAUCUUUUGCGUAAUAAUAAAAUGAGUCGCACCAAUGUUCGAAAACUGGCAACCGGAAUAUGUUGCAUACCGAAUGCCAUAAUGAUGGCGGCACUGGCAUUCUUUGGUACCAAUCGUAUACUGGCCAUAACAUUUAUUUCAUUGGCGAUUACAUUCCAAGGCUCUGGAACUUCGGGUCCACUCUCAUCAAUGGUCGAUAUAGCACCCAACUUUGCUGGCAUCAUUUCGGGUAUUUGUGGUACUAUUGGCAGCAUGCCUGGCUUUAUCUCAGCCUAUAUUGUGGGUGUGGUAACCUUUAAUAAUCAAACAUUUGAAGCCUGGAGAAAUGUGUUUCUUAUAACGGCUGGUGUAUUGUUCCUGUGUGGUACGCUGUAUUUACUUUUUGCCGACUCAUCUUUACAACCAUGGAAUGAUGGCUACUCUCAAUCUGUUGAGUGUGGUAAACAUGACAAUGACAAUGACAUUGAGGCUGAAGAAAGUUCAACAAUAGAAAAUAACACUCUAAUGGACAAAAGUAUUGGACAAAAUAAUUGAGUUCCUUCUACAAAUCGGAAAAAUCUUUUCCGAUUUAAGAUAAUAGUCAACUUGUUGCAAUUUCUAUAGUGUUUUUCGAUAAUCCUGUGUUCUUAGAUUAAAUAAGUAGUGGUAUUUUGAGGUAAAGUACUUAAUGCAAACAAAUGGUUUAUACAUUUAAGUAUUUUUCGUAAAAAAUAAAAUUUGUUGUUAUAAUUUAAAACUUAUAAAUUAUUAUGCCUUCAGCCAUAUGGCUACAGAGGGUAUUUGGAGUCGAUAUAGCGAUGUCCGUCCGUCUGUCUGGCUGGAAGUUGCGCACAAUAACUCUCGAAAGGAGUAUCCGAUUUGAUCCAAACUUCUUCAAAUUACACACAUCACAAUAUUUUUAUUAGUCCAAGGUCUGGUGUGAAGAUGGAAUAUAUCGAUCCACUCCUUCUGGUACCUCACCCACAAUGGGCCAAAAUUCUAAAAAUUUAUGAAGCUCAUAAAAUACUCACGCACAUCUUAUGAUUUCCAUAAACAAAAAAUCUGUUAUAAAGAUGAUAGAGAUCGGACCAUUCCUUCUGGUACCUUUCCAACAAACGGUUAAAAUUUUGAAUAAACAAAACGGUCAUAAAAUCCAAAAUAAGCAUCCGGUUCUCUUAAAAUUACACACAUCUCAGCAUUUUUAUUUGCCCAAGGUCUGGUGUGAAGAUGGAAUAUAUCGGUCGACUCCUUCUGGUACCUCCUCCACAAAGGGAAACUCAUAAAACAUGAAAUUUACAUCCGAUUCCAUUCAGACUUGGUGCAUCUCAAUAUUUCCAUAAAUAUAAGAUCUGUUAUAAUGAUUACAGAGAUCGGACCAUUCCUUCUGGUACCUCCCCCACAAAGGGUAAAAUUUUUGAAUAACCAAAAUGAUCAUAAAAUCCGAAAUAAGCAUCUGGAUCUCCUCAAAUAACACACAUCGCAACAUCCUUGGGUCAAGAUCACGUACCUCCCCCACAAAUGGUCAACAUUUUGAUUAUUCAUGAAGUUCAUAAAACGCGAAAAUAACGUACGAUUCGAUUCAGACUUGAUACAUCACAAAAUCUGAAAUAAAGAUUGCACCAUUUCUUCUGGUAUCACCCCCACAAAGGGUUAAAAUUUUGAAUAACCAUCCGAAAUCAUCAUUCGGUUCUCUGCAAAGAUGAAAAUGAUAUACAUUUGCCAGCCCCUUCUGGUACCUCAUCCACAAAGGGUUAAAAUUUCCAUUACUUAUAUCUGUCAUAACUUGCGAAACAAGUCGGCGAUUCAUUACAACUUGCUAUAUCUAAAUAUUUUUCUUAACCAGAUAUCUGAAAUGAAUAUGGAAUUUAUGAUUUUGCACAAAAUUUCGAUAUAGUCAAAAUUGGUCAAUAUUGGCUAAAUGCUUCGGAAAAGAGUCAACAGUUUAAAUAAUCAUAAGUCAAGGCUGGGGGUAUACAUCUGUCGACAAAAUCGACUGAUAAUAUUUUACUUGUUUUUAUUUAUAAAUCGUAACAAUAAGGAAUUAAAUAAUUGAAAAAAUAUAGUUGAGUUUUUCUAUUGAGACUUAUGAACAAUUAACAGCAUAAUAAUGGAUUAAGACUAUUAUUUGUUAUUUUAAUAAUAAAUGAUCAUGUUUCCCAAAUAAAACGUUUAAUAAUGUCUGUUUUAAUGGUUGAUAUAAACAAACUUUCUCCUGACGUUACCAUAACACGGAGGGCGGAAAGGCCUAUAUUGGGUCAGCCAGUAAUCCCAUAUGAGUACAAGCUUUAAUUAUUGUGAAAAAGAAAAUUCAAUCCCAAUGCUGUAAAAUCUACUAAAUUUAAUGUCACAUUAUAGUUAAAUGUAGUUUUUUUUGUCAGACCUUGGAGAGAUAAACUCAAAUUAAACUUAAAUUAUAACUCACAAUCUAUAAUUUAAAAAAUAAUUAUACAAUUUUACUGUUCAAAAA